AUGCUGCUGAGGACUUGUCCUGGUUGGCUGAUUCACCUGCAACACGCAGGAUUUUCACAACUGGAGAGACUGCCCAUUUCCCUACUGCGCAGGGUCAACUCCAGACCCUCCAGACCCUAUCUCUUCUACUCUGUGUGUCUCUAUUACGACUACACCGAUGAAUUAUUCUAUUAUGACUGUUCAUCCCUGAGGGAAAUAGAUCAAGGAAACACGGCCUUGGGUGUUUCUCAGAAAGUGAGAGACAUCAUGCUGGCUUUUGGCCAGCUCUGUCGACAACCCGGUUGGGCCCAGCCUACUCUACAAACUAAACUAGUGCCUAGUAUGGGGUACGGCAGGUACGUGACCGGCGCUUUGAUAGCUACCAACUCCCAUUUUAGGAACGAGUUGAUCCAAAGCAAAUAA